CUGCUUUUGGGUUACAAAGAUAUUUUUAGACCGCAGUUUUACAAAAAUGAAUCACUUUGUAUUUCGGGUUUUGUGUAUUGUGCUAGUGGUGGUCAUUAACUCUGAGAUAGGAGCCAGUGUAGCUUACGGUGGAGAUUGUUCGAGUACCGCAUGUACUGAUACAACAACUAAUGAAUGUAUCGACGAUUUGUGUGCAUGUGCCACCACUCAUUUCAGAAAUAAUGAUGACAGCGCAUGUGAAACAAAAAUUGGCUUUGAAACAAGUUGCGAUAACACAGUCACUGCAACCGAUCAAUGUUCGGUAGCCAAUCAGGAAUGCAGUCUCGAAAGUGGCACUACUUAUAAAUGUCUGUGUACAGCCGCCUACUAUUCAGCUGGAAGCGCUUGCGUAGCCAAAAUUGGCUUUGAAACAAGUUGCAAUAACACAGUCACUGCAACCGAUCAAUGUUUGGUAGCCAAUCAGGAAUGCAGUCUCGAAAGUGGCACUACUUAUAAAUGUCUGUGUACAGCCGCCUACUAUUCAGAUGGAAGCGCUUGCGUAGCCAAAAAGAAUCCAGAUAUCGCUUGCACUGCUACAGGUCAAUGUAUAACCAAUGCUGAAUGUGACGUCGGUGGUACUGAUAAAUGUGAAUGUAAUGCAGGUUAUACUGAAACACCAACCGUCAGUCCUACCACGUGCAGUGGUGUUGUCAAAUUCGCAACUCUGCCAUACAUGUACGUGGUGCCGAUCCUUGUAUCCAUGAUGUUUCUUCUACGAUGAAUGUUUAAUGUAGAUCAUGUUGGAGUGUUUGCUUUUUGUGAUAUUUGAAUUUCAUUUAUAAAAUGUAUAUUGUAGCUAUACCUUAUAUGUUUAUGUUAGUUGUUGUUUGUUUGUAUUUGUGAUCUUAUUUUUAAUUCAUGUACAAUAGUCUAUAUGUGUAUUAUUUUUUGUAAUAUCUGGUACAUGUAUUUGGUGUGAGUGAUACAAUAAUUGUUAUUAUAAUAAAAUGAAACAAUUUUGACAUGACAAACUCGUGACCCCUUAAUUGCAGAUUAUAAUAUUUGGUAUUAAGUUAUACUUCUGCAAAUUAAAAACUAAGCUGAUGUGGGAUAUACAUAAAUGAAAUAUCAAUCCCCUAUAGACAAUCAUACCUUAAAGACAUUACGAGGUCAACAUACAGUUUUCAACAGGUGUGAAUACAUUAUGUCAAACAAUAAAUUCCUGAAUCUAUACCUAUACUGCUGGAAAACGUCAUGACAAUGUCACUUUUUGAUGAAACGGAAACAACGGUAAAAUGUAUAGUUAAAAGUAUAAUUUAUAUAUUCAUUAGAUUGCUAUUCGCUUAUCAAAGUUGUGCAUUAAUGAUAAAGAAGUGGAAUAUAUAUAUAUAUAUAUAUAUACAAUUCACGAAUAAGGGUUCCCCACAGUCUCAGAGUCGCAAACGGGGGACCCGUGAAAGGCAAAAGUAACAUAAAUUUGAAUCCUUUAAAGCGACAUGUGAAACAUCAAAACAAUAUUUCAUUGCUUCACAUUCAUUACGUGAAGUCUGGAAUAUGUUUUCUGUCUUCUUCGUCAUCACAUGAUUUACAUGGUGAUUUUAAAAUAGUAUUUUUUUCGAUUAACCCGUGUCUAGUACACAUAUAAUUUGUUGACGCUUUAUCAAUAUUUGUGUUUUUUGUUUUAUCUUUAAAGCAACAAACACAUUGUGUCUGUAUGUUUUACUUGUUUACUUACUACUCAUUACUAAUAAAUAUGUAUCAUUCAUGUCUAUGUCAGGACCAAAUGUGUCAGUUUACAUUUCAUCUUGGAAUAAGACCAUUUAAAACAAAAAAGUAAUAGAUUAUUAGACAAUUUUUUAGAAUAAUAGGUAUUAGAUACAAUUUCAUUAAAAAAAUAGACACUUUUUUUUUUACAUUUUACACUUCAUUUUAAACUUCUUUAUUACUUUACAAGUAUUUUUAAAGAAUUGAAAAAAUAAAAUGUGUAUUAGACAAAAAAACGUUAAAAUCUGUAUUGUCAAAAUGAAUUAUUUCAAUCAAUUCCUAAAUAAAUGUACUAUAUAAUAUAGUGUACUCUUUCAAACUUUUAUUUUUGACUUGAACUUGAAUGAUUGUAAUAUCAAUUAAGCUAAUUUACAUAUGUUACACUUGUAUUAUACAAGUAUGCCUUUAUGUGUAUUCAUCAGUUGUGUUAUAAAAUGUGCAAAAAAUA